AUGGCCGCCGAAGCGGGCAAGUUGGCCACCGCGGUGCCGGCUGCCACGGCCCACCCUUCCGGCCGCGAGAAACACGGCAGGCUGGUGCAGGUGCUCCGGGCCGUCUCCUUUGCCCUCUAUUUCUCCGUCUGUGCCGUUGGUAUCCACGCGACCCAGCUCAUCGGCGCACCCCUCUACUGGAUUAAUCGCGAGCUCUACUAUGCCUACAUGUCCCUCACCAAGCGGUCUUUCGGGGUGAUGAUUACCACCAUGACCCAGUGGUGGGGUCCGACUACAAUACGCAUUAGCGGGGAUGCCUCGGUGGCCGGCCAGAUCCGGAAGACGGAAGAUGGCCUCGUGGAGUUUCUGUUCCCAGAGCGCAUGAUCAUGAUCGCCAACCAUCAGAUAUACACGGACUGGCUGUACUUGUGGUGGGUCGGCUAUGCGAAUGUGCCCAAAAUGCACGGCUCGCUCUACAUCAUCCUGAAGGAGUCGCUCAAGUAUAUUCCCAUAGUGGGGCCCGGCAUGAUGUUCUACGGCUUCAUAUUCAUGUCUCGGAAAAUGGCCGUCGACCAGCCGCGGCUGGCUCACAGGCUGACCAAGCUGAAGACGAAGCACACGGCGCCUGACGGGAAGAAGUACCUCGACCCCAUGUGGCUUCUCCUGUUUCCGGAGGGGACGAAUGCCUCUGCAAACGGCAGGAAGAAGUCUUCAACGUGGGCGGCCAAGGUUGGCGUGAAGGACCCAGAACAUGUGCUGCUCCCGCGAAGCACAGGCAUAUACUACUGCCUUAACGAGCUGAAGGGCACGCUUGACUACGUUUACGACUGCACUGUUGCCUACGAGGGAGUUGGCCGAGGCAAAUUUGGCGAGACGAUCUUCACCCUCUCGAGCACUUACAUCCGGGGACAGCCGCCAAAAUCGGUCAAUUUCUACUGGCGCCGAUUCCGUAUAGCCGACAUCCCGUUGGACAACCAGGAGGAGUUCGAUGUCUGGCUUCGAGAGCGAUGGUACGAAAAAGACGCUUUCAUGGAGCAGUACCUAUCGACCGGUCGCUUCCCGGAGAGCCCUGCCAAUCCCCUCAACAAGGGGCAGGAGGGGUUCCUCGAGACCGAAGUGCGAACUCGGUAUCCCUGGGAAAUUCUCCAGAUAUUUAGCGUGCUUGGCGCCUUUGGUUUGCUUCUUAACUUGCUCCUCAAAACCUGGAACCGGUUUCUUUCAGUGUUUGUUUGA